AGUUCGUUUCCGGGGAAAAAAAAAGGAAAAAAAAGAGAAAACAGAAGAAAAUUUUAAAAGAAAAACCUGUUGAAUUGUUUUGCGAUUUCUGGAUUCGGAGAAUAUCAAACCCUAAUUCGAUUUUUUUUCAUUGAUAAAGAGAGAUAAUGGUUGAUGUAGCCGAUAAAUUAGCGUAUUUUCAAGCGAUCACUGGCUUAGAAGAUCCCGAUUUGUGUACGGAAAUACUUCAAGCACACGAUUGGGACCUGGAACUUGCGAUCUCAUCCUUCACCUCUUCUAAUCCGCCGCAACGAACUUCUACCACCGACAAUGCUGAUUUAUCGUCUCGUGAGCGUCAAAGUUCCAUUGACCGCUCCGAUUCUUCCGGAAAUGUCGUUGCUGGCCCUGGUUUGGCUUGGAAACUAGUCACCUUACCUUAUUCCGUAAUUUCCGGAAGUAUUGGGCUAAUUUCGGGUGCUGUCGGGCUUGGUCUAUGGGCAGCUGGGGGUGUUCUGUCGUAUUCUUUGGGAAUGAUCGGGCUGGGUUCGGGUUCGGGCCAGAAUGACGAGUCAUCAGCUCGCCUGGUUUCGGUUUCCGCCGCUGCUUCCGAAGCGAUGGAGUUCGUGUCGGCUUUUGAGAGAGAUUAUGGAAGUUUAAAGCCUAAUUUUGUUGCUGAGGGUUUCAUGGACGCUUUGCAGAGGUCAAGGGGUGCGUUCAAGCUAUUGUUCGUGUACUUGCACUCGUCAGACCAUCCCGACACGCCCUCGUUUUGCGAAGGGACGUUGUGUAACGAGGUGUUGGCGGCGUUUGUGAACGAGAAUUUUGUUGCUUGGGGUGGGAGUAUUAGGGCUAGCGAGGGAUUUAAAAUGAGUAAUAGCUUGAAAGCAUCAAGGUUCCCAUUUUGUGCAGUGGUUAUGCCUGCUACGAAUCAGAGGAUUGCUUUACUUCAACAGAUUGAGGGACCCAAAUCUCCUGAAGAAAUGCUUGUGAUACUGCAAAAAGUGAUCGAAGAAAGUAAUCCUGUUCUUCUGCAAGCAAGGCUUGAUGCAGAAGAAAGAAGGAACAACAUGCGGUUGCGGGAGGAGCAAGACGCAGCAUACAGAGCUGCACUUGAAGCUGAUCAAGCUAGGGAACGUCAGAGGAGAGAAGAGCAAGAACGCUUGGAAAGGGAAGCUGCUGAAGCUGAGAGGAAGCUUAAGGAGGAAGAAGAGGCUCGUGAGAGAGCAGCACUUGAAGCUGCAGAAAGAGAGGCUGCAUUAGCUAAAAUGCGGCAGGAGAAAGCCCUUGGUCUUGGUGAUGAACCUGAAAGAGGACCUAAUGUCACACAAGUUUUGGUGCGCUUCCCAAAUGGAGAACGCAAAGAGAGGAGGUUCCACAGUUCUGCCACAGUCCAGUCUCUGUACGACUAUGUUGAUUCUUUGGGUUGCUUGGAAGUCGAGUAUUACAGUCUAGUGUCCAACUUUCCGAGGGUUGUAUAUGGCUCAGAUAAGCUUUCUUUGUCCUUAAAAGAAGCAGGAUUGCAUCCUCAGGCCAGUCUUUUUGUGGAGCUGAACUAGUGUGAAGAAGGUGGAGGGAGGGUGCAAGGAGGAUAUAUUGUUAUGUUCCUUUUUACCGCUUUUACUUUCACGAAUUUUAUUAGCCCUGGAGGAUACAAUGAGAUAAGAUAGCUACCUUGAUGUUUCAUUUUCUAACAAUGCAGAUUCAGUGCUUCAAAAGUUUUGUAAGCUUACCUACCUCUGUUAUUAUUUGAAUGUGGUAGGAAAAAAAUAUACUGGAAAAUUAUGUCAUUUCGUGAUA